CUGCGUUGGUGCGUGCGUCAUCGGUGGGCGGGGCCUGAGCGGCAGUGUUCUCGAACAAACUGCGGAAGCGGCGCGGUGUUCCCCAGCGGCUCUCGUGCACUAAACCUCUACAACACAACAAGAGCCAUGAAGAUCUGGACAUCAGAGCACGUUUUCAACCAUCCGUGGGAAACCGUGACCAAAGCUGCCAUGCAGAAGUACCCGAACCCCAUGAACCCCAGCGUGUUUGGCGUGGACGUGUUGGACCGUAACGUGGACCGGCAGGGACGGCUGCACAGCAAGCGGCUGCUCAGCACUGAAUGGGGUCUGCCGUCCAUCGUUAGAUCGAUAAUUGGGAACACGCGGACAUGUACAUACAUCCAGGAGCACUCCGUAGUCGAUCCCAAAGAGAAAACCUUUGAGCUUCAGUCCACUAAUAUCACCUUCACUAACAUGGUGUCUGUGGACGAGCGGCUUGUUUACCGACCGCACCCAGAGGACCCGGAGAAGACCAUGCUCACCCAGGAGGCCAUCAUCUCUGUGAAGGGCGUCAGUCUCAGCAGCUAUCACUAAUGACCAAAACCUCUGACUGUGAAUGUCUGUCCGCAGGGUCGUGAGGCGAUGGAGUGGGUCAUCAGACGUCUGAACACAGAGAUCGAGGAGCUGGCCAUCACAGCCAGAGGAACCCUGAGGACCCCCAUGGCUGCCGCCGUCACCGAGAAAUGACCGCUCCUCUCUCUUCCUCUCUGUCGCCGCUCUUCUCUACGCAUCUUUCUCCAAUGGUGGAAGUCCAUUCUCGGCGUCCUGCGCAUUCAAGCGUCUACAUUAGAGGCUGACGGGGACGUGCUCGUUCACCACAAACUCUCAAACCUAGUUUUAAUGAAUCAGUAUAACGGGACAGACCCGUGCUCUCCGAGGCGAUGACGGGAGAGGAACGUAUGCCAAACCUUUCAGCUCUGUUACACACGACUCUUACAGUCAGAGAGCGCACAUACACUUGAAAACUGAGUGAAGUUAUUAACUUAUUUAUAUUACUACUAUUAUACUAGUAACACUUUAUCCAAGCAUCGAGGAAGGGAACAAACUAAUCCAGACUGGAUUUGGAGGACCAUCGCAGACGCUGAGCACUGAAGAGAUGACGGAGUAUGACACGACAGAACGUCACAUGAUCUUCGAGAAUGUUUUAUAUGAUGUUAAAGGUCUUGCUGUGACUGUAAGUGGAGUGUUGAUCCAGGUGUGUGAUGAUGGGAAGCGUCAGAAGAGGGUGAAACACAUUCUAUUUAUUUAUUUAUUUUUGGUAGGUGUGUGUUAGUUCAUGUUAGCGAUGGGGUAACGGUGUCAUGAAUAAAUACCAGUCCCGAAGCUCUUCAGACGUGUUUACUGACGCUGAAGAAGGUGCUUCUGUUCUGUUUGUGGAUGUGUUAUUGCUUUACAGAUGCUUGUGUUUCCUUCUCUGUAAUGAAAUGUCAUCGAAGACCUUCUGUGUGUUUGGUUUACUUCAGUUUAAAUAUUACGACGAACUAAAUUAAAACGAUUUAUUUAUACUGAAUGUAAAUGUUUGUUACUGGCGUAUUUAGUAUUAAAUCAAAUGAAGCGACUUGGUGCAAAGCUUGAAAUAAUUUAGGAAUGAAUUAAAUGAGUGUAGUGUUUUAGAGAUGCUCAGAAUGAUCUUCAUUUGUUCUCCGAACGCAGCCAAAGCGGUUUACAAAUGUUGAAAUAAACUAACAUUCGUACUAAA